UAUAGAAAGUGGGUUUAUAUAUUUAAGUAUAGAGGAAAUAUGCCGAGAAGGUUAAGAAUGCUAGAAGCUGUGGAUGCAUAUGGAACUCCCAUUGCAUUCACGCAUAAUGGGAAGUCUAAGUUUAAGACUGCCUGUGGAGGACUGCUUACUAUACUCUCAGUCUUAUGCGUUGCAGGCUUCAUUUAUGUAAUGAUUGACGAUCCAAUGAAGCUGAAAAAGAUCACUGACACUAAUGUAGUGACGACUGAUACUACUAAUACGACAACUCAGACUGUCGUGGUUGCAAACAACACAGAUAAUGAUGGAGGAACCACUCCUCCUGCUGAAACUAUAGAGUGGAUUACAACGACUGAGACAGUGAUGACCUCUUCAUAUGACGAUCUUGUUAAUGUCCAAUAUCCUACGAAGCACAACUUGACUGAAGCUGGUUUUGGGAUUGCAUUCUAUCCAAGCUUUAAUAUUCAAGAUCAAUAUGGAUUCACAGGUGGGACUCUUCUGACAAAGGUAGAUGGCGAAGCAGGUACAGGGGGUGGUAUUGGCACAACAAAUUGCUCUCCAGCAACAUUCCCAGUUCAGGUUGGAGCCAGAGCUUUUCAUUUCAGUAUUCCUGGAAGUCGCUGUUUUAAUAGAAACCCACUCAUCAUUCAAGGAGACUACAAAUCUAAUGAAUACAUUAUUCCAGAAUUUGUGUAUGUCAAGUGAUUAUCAGGCACAUGUGCAACAAAUCAAGAGAUCAUUGAUUAUCACAAAAACACUUUCUUAUACAUUCAUGUGAACCAAGGAUACUUUGAUGAAUCAGAUACUAGUAAUCCUAUCAAAGAAUAUAUCGAAGUUGUCGACUCGCUUGCAAUUGAUGGAAGUACAUAUCAUACCAAAAACAUUAGAGUAAGACAUAAUGAAGUGGUUUUCCUCAAUGGAACCCGUACAAGCUUCUACGAUAUUGAAAAUGUCUAUGAUUCUAUAUCUACUGACGCUCCUGAUCUUCCAGUGGUGCUUGCCAAAGUAUCCCUUUUUAUGCACCCUGAAAAGCGUACCUUCACCCAAGUCGAAAGAAUCACGCCAGAUCUGUCCUCAGCCAGGAACCUGAACACAACUACAACUACGAACACAACCAAUGAGCAGGUAGUGACCAACCAAAAUAAGAGCUCUGAAGAAGAACUCAACAAGGAUAAGUACUACUACAUACUCACUCUGUUGUCUCAAGUUGGAGGCUUUUGCUACCUAGUGAAACUAGUCUUCGGAACACUAGCUAGUAUGUUCAUUGAAAAUGUCAAGUCUGCAUACCUUAUUAAUGUGAUCAAGGAGAUCAGGCAGACUAAAAAUCAGCAACCAGACAUAGAGUUCAAUAACAUUGGACCAGAAAGCAUGCCAUUCAACCAAAAAAAUAAAGAUGCUAAGAACAACCCACAAAAUAACACGAGUUACCAGCAGAUGAAGGCAGAAAUUGAAGACAAAAUGAAUGAAUCAAGAGAUCAUAUCAUUGCUCAACCUGAGAAAGCUGCUGACUUGAACCAUAUGAAGAGCCAGAACAACCAAAUCCAAAGAUCGAGACUCUCCAAAGUCAAGAAUAUAGCAAAAUACAGUUUCACGGAUGUUGUAUCCAAGUCAAUUUGCUGUUUCUGCUGUAAAAGAAAGAAAAAACCUACUGAGCUUCAGCAUCUAAGCGUGGCUGAGAAACUACUGUACAAAGAAAUGGAUAUAGUCAGAAUUUUGAAUGAGAUCAAAGAGCUCAGAGAGAUGAAUGAGAAGAUAAUCAAAACUUUCCUCUCCCCUCCAGCCAACCAAGGCCUGUUAGAAGACUCCAAGCUUGAAGCCCACUUGGCUAAGACCCCAAUCGCCCCAUUCUCUUCUUCAAGAGUGAAGGAGGCUAUUCCUUCCAGCCACGAAGGAAGUAAGACUAAGGCUAAAGUUGUCAAGCUGAAUUCAGAAGCCAAGAAACAGGGGUUGGAAGACCUUUCAGGAAGUUUAGAGUGAAGCAGGUACCCAGAGAAAGAUAGAAAACUAAAUGAAUCCAAACAAUCAAACCAAAGAGAAGUUGAACAAAUGGCAGUGCACUCGAUAUACAACAUUGUUGAUAAGGAAAUAGCAAGCUUGAAGGAUAAAUCGAUGGAAGAACACAAGCAACAGCCUGAAUUUCCGCCGAAAUGGCCUUAG